AAAAGAAAAGACAGAUAACAACACUUUUGUACAAGUUUCAAUCAUGACGUUCAUUCAACGAUAUGUAAUAUUUGUUUUUUUCAUUUUUUAUUUAUUUAUCCAUUUAAGUGAGGAAUCGAGAAUUUUGGCAAUUUUUCCAAAUUCAAAAAAUGAAGAGAUUUUUAAUAAGGCACUUGUGAAAAUUUUACUAGAACGAGGACAUCACGUGGAUCUUAUUACAUCAUUUGAAAUGUUAAUUUUAUCAGAAAAUUAUAAAUUAUUAUUUAAUUUAGAAAAAAUUUUUAACUAUUCAAAUUUUUAUUUAUCAAAUGAAUUUAAUUAUUUGACAAUUCCGUCUAAUUCAAUUUGGCAUACGUCCAAGAAUUAUGCCAAUGAACUUUGUAAUAUUAUGGGAAAUAAAAAAAUACAAAAACUUUUACGUGAAAUCAAAAAAAAUUCCCAUUAUGAUGUUAUUUUAAUGGAGAUUUUUGGAGCGAAAUGUUUCAUUGGUCUUGGAGAAUUUUUGAAACUGCCAAUAAUAACAAUUUCAAAUUUUUUUCAAUUGCCAUUGAUAGAUAAAUCAAUUGGGAAUUCAAAAUCAAUAUUUAUUUCAAAUAAUUUUAUGGACUUGAGUGAAAUAGGAAAUUUUGUUACUCGUUUAAAAAAAAAUUUACUAAAAUAUUUUCAAACUUAUCAAUUAUACUAUUAUACACAGAGACAAACAGAAAUAAUGAGAAAAUAUCUCGAUCCAAAUAUGCCAGAAAUUGGAGAAAUUGAAAAAAAUAUUUCUCUAAUUUUAUUGAAUUCACAUUUCAAUCUUAAUUCAACGAAAGCUGUGACAAAUGAAAUUAUUCAAAUUGGAGGAUUACACAUCAAUGAAGACAAAAUCAAAUUAUCACUAAAACUAAAAAGCUGGAUGGAUAAAAGUACAAAAGGAAUUGUUUAUUUUGAUUUGGGCUCAAAAAUAUUAAUGGAAAAUUUGCCAAAAAAAAUUAUUAUCGCCUUUUUAGCGUCUUUUGGAAAAAUAAAAUUCUAUCGUAUUUUAAUGAAAAUCAAAAAUAUCGAGAACUUUCCUCUCGAACUUCCGAGAAAUGUCAAAACAUUUACAAACAUAUCCAGAAUUCAAGUCUUAGCUCAUAAAAAUGUCAAAGCAUUCAUAACGCUAGGAGAAAAUUUGGCUAUUCAAGAAGCGCUUUAUUUUGCAAUUCCUAUUAUAGGAAUAUCAAUUUCGUCAGAUCAUUCUCAAAAUUUGCGAGAACUUGUUCAAAAAUUUGUAGCCUUUGAAAUAAAUUUCGAAAAUCUUAAUGAGCGUCAUAUUAGCGAAGCUUUGACAAUUGUUUUAAAAGUCAAAUUGUUUCGAAUUCAAACGCAACGAUGGUCAAAAAUUUUCAAGGAUCGUGCCUUAAGUGCCAAAGACACUGCCAUUUAUUGGAUAGAGUACAUAAUUAAAAAUGGACCAAAUUCACUAAAAUCACCUACACCUUCCCCACUCUGGUAUCAAACCGAAUUUCUAGAUAUUUAUGCAUUUUUAUUAAUUUCUCUUUUAUCAUUCACAUGCUUAAUUGUUCGAUUAAUAAAAAAACUUAUUAAAAUAAAUGAAAAAUUUUUCAUAAAAAUAAAAAGAAAUUAACAAA